AUGGAUUGUAAGGAACUUCAUGAAAAUGGCCAGUGGCAAUCAGGUGUGUACGAUAUAUAUCCUCCUGGGACGAGAUCUCUUCCGCUGAAGGCUUACUGUGAUAUGAGUACUAUGGGAGGAGGCUGGACGGCAAUUCAAAAGCGAAUAAGUGGUUCCCUGAGCUUUAAGCAGAGUUGGUCCGAGUAUAAAAAUGGUUUUGGUACACCGGACCAGAAUGUCUGGAUUGGAAAUGACGCAAUAAAUCAAUUAACAAAGCGGAGAAACUCAUUCUUGUACGUCUCCAUCACACUGGUGAAUGGAACCACACUGUAUGAGCUGUACGAUCAAUUCUCCGUCUCUGAUGAAACACAAAAGUAUCAACUCUUUCUGGGAGGACCUGCCACAGGAACUUUAGGUGACAGUAUGUUAAACACCACUUAUGAUUGGGGUAAACUGUCUGGGAUGUACUUUUCAACCAAAGAUAGGGAUAACGAUAGGUAUAGUGGCCGUAACUGCGCUGCUCACUGGGGAGGAGGCUGGUGGUUUAACGAAUGUCAUGAAGCCUUCCUUAACGGACCCUGGUACCCGGAAUACUGGCGCAAACCUUGGAAUCCUACAGUGGAAACUAUUGAUCAGACAUCGGAGACAUAUAUAAGAGAAACGAAGAUGAUGAUUAAACGUCACUAG